CAUCAAUAUAUGUUGUUUUAGAUCAACGUCUUUAUUUGUGUGUUUUUUCCCGAUAGGAGGAUAAUUGCUUUGGGAAAAAGAAUAAUAUUGGAGACUCUUAAUAUCAUGUUUUUAAUUUUAAAUGGACUGUACUCGGUUUAAUGUGUUCGAUCUCUGAAGGAAAUACAUUGCAAUGUGAACAAAAUGACUGUACCAGUUAUUAAAAGAUCAUACAAAGUUUAAAUAAGCUCUAAGGACGUCACUGAAGACAUAUUCAAUGGAAAUACUUGGACUAUUUGAUCUGCCAAGAUGGGUCGCUGCCAUUAUCUUCUUUCCGUUGACUGUCUGUUUGUACACCUGGUACAAACAAAGCUACUUCAAGAGGCUGGGAAUCAAACAGAGGAAGACCACAUUUUUCCUUGGUGACAUUGUUGAUAUGGCGAAGAAGGGCCUCGGAUACCUUAACAUAGAAGAUUACAAGAAAUAUGGAAAAGUUUUCGGGAUAUACUUGGGAAACAGGCCAACAUUGGUGAUCAGUGACCCUGAUAUCAUCAAACAAAUCACAGUGAAGCAGUUCGAUAAAUUCACCAACAGAGCGCAAAUGUUGAACACACCUGAUUUUUGGAAAUCCGCUCUGUCUACUGCCAGGGGAGAUACGUGGAGGAAAAUUCGACAUACCCUUAGCCCAACUUUCACUUCCGGAAAAAUGAGACAUAUGGGGCCAUAUUUGCACAAAUGUCUCGACGUUUUCCAUGAAAUUCUCGACACGAAAUGCCAAGAGAAUCCGGAAGGCUUCGACAUAGAUCCUGCGGUUCGUGGAUACACGAUUGACGUUAUCUGCAGCACUGGGUUCGGAACGGAAGUCAGCGCCCAGACAGACCCCGACAAUUCGUUUAAUAGACACGCUAAAAUUGCCCUGACGUUUAGGCCAGCAACCAACCCUGCGUUUCUCCUUUAUGUCUUCUUUCCUGAUGUUAUAGGAGCUUUUCCAAAUUUGUUUCCAACAAAUUUCCUACCAAAAGACACACUCAAUUUUUUCGUUGAUGCUUCAAAAUCAUUCUUGGAAGAGAGAAAAAAGGGUUCCUCUAAACACAGAGACCUUUUACAAUUGAUGGUGAAUGCCCAUAAUGAUGAAGACGUGAAAACACGAACUGGAAAUCGAAUUGAAGGUCUAACAGAUAACGAGAUCCUUUCCAACUCCAUCAUCUUUAUGUUGGCUGGCUUUGACACAACAGCGACGUCUAUAGCUUGGGUGCUCUAUGAACUCGCUUUAAACCCAGACGUUCAGGAAAAACUCAUUGAUUCCAUUGACCAAGAAAUAGGAGAUAGCGAACUUUCCUACGAUAACGUGUUUACCAUGCAGUAUAUGGACAUGGUAAUGUCAGAGACACUGCGCAUACACCCAGUUGUGCAAAGAAUGAACAGAGAAGCAUCUGAAGAUAUCGAAAUCAAUGGAUUGAAAAUCAAGAAGGGAAUGGAUUGUACGUAUUGCCCGCCAAUUCUGCACUUUAACGAAGAGUAUUGGGACGAGCCAAACAAGUUUGACCCGGAGAGAUUUUCUCCCGAGAACAAAAACCGCAUCAACGAGUAUGCUUACAUACCGUUUGGUCUUGGGCCAAGAAAUUGUAUUGGUAUGAGAUUGGCGCAGCUAGAGGUAAAGAUGACCAUCAUCAGCAUUCUGCAGAAGUACAGGAUCCACAAGACGGAAAAACUCCAGGUACCGAUGCCUUCAUCUAAGGCAUCAGGCGGCAUCAACAAACCAGGGGAGCCCUUGCAUCUGCGAUUAGAAAGAAGGAAGUGAAUUCAAUAACAAACUGCCCAAUACGACGUGAUUUUCAUGAGAAGUGAAAUAACAUUGGACGAUUUUGCUACGUUUUACACUUUAUAUUAUUGCCCAAGAUUUAACACAUUUUUCAUCCAAUUACAUAAAUAUUUUAUUCAUCACAAAGCUUCCAAUGUUGGGUACUCUAGCUAUUCUUCCGAAGAACCUCUCCUCCAGAGUGUAUCACAUUAAUGAGCAAACUAGGACCAAACAAAUGAAUACGAGUGAAGCUAUAGAAUACAAACUUUAAUGAGAAAACAAGGACCAAACAAAUAAAAGGAGUGAAGCUAUAGAAUACAACAUUAAUGAGAAAACUAGGAACAAACAAAUAAAAGGUGUGAAGCUAUAGAAUACAAACAUUAAUGAGAAAACUAGGAACAAACAAAUAAAAGGAGUGAAGCUAUAGAAUACAAACAUUAAUGAGAAAACUAGGAACAAACAAAUAAAAGAAGUGAAGCUAUAGAAUACAAACAUUAAUGAGAAAACUAGGAACAAACAAAUAAAAGGAGUGAAGCUAUAGAAUACAAACAUUAAUGAGAAAACUAGGAACAAACAAAUAAAAGGAGUGAAGCUAUAGAAUACAAACAUUAAUGAGAAAACUAGGAACAAACAAAUAAAAGGAGUGAAGCUAUAGAAUACAAACAUUAAUGAGAAAACUAGGAACAAACAAAUAAAAGGAGUGAAGCUAUAGAAUACAAACAUUAAUGAGAAAACUAGGAACAAACAAAUAAAAGGAGUGAAGCUAUAGAAUACAAACAUUAAUGAGAAAACUAGGAACAAACAAAUAAAAGGAGUGAAGCUAUAGAAUACAAACAUUAAUGAGAAAACUAGGAACAAACAAAUAAAAGGAGUGAAGCUAUAGAAUACAAACAUUAAUGAGAAAACAAGGAACAAACACAUAAAAGGAGUAAAGCUAUAGAAUACAAACAUUAAUGAGAAAACAAGGAACAAACAAAUAAAAGGAGUGAAGCUUUAGAAUACAAACAUAAAUGAGAAAACAAGGAACAAACAAAUAAAAGGAGUGAAGCUAUAGAAUACAAACAUUAAUGAGAAAACUAGGAACAAACAAAUAAAAGGAGUGAAGCUAUAGAAUACAAGCAUAAAUGAGAAAACUAGGAACAAACAAAUAAAAGGAGUGAAGCUAUAGAAUACAAACAUUAAUGAGAAAACAAGGAACAAACAAAUAAAAGGAGUGAAGCUAUAGAAUACAAACAUUAAUGAGAAAACAAGGAACAAACAAAUAAAAGGAGUGAAGCUUUAGAAUACAAACAUUAAUGAGAAAACUAGGAACAAACAAAUAAAAGGAGUGAAGCUUUAGAAUACAAACAUUAAUGAGAAAACAAGGAAAAAACAAAUAAAAGGAGUGAAGCUUUAGAAUACAAACAUUAUUGAGAAAACUAGGAACAAAUAAAUAAAAGGAGUGAAGCUUUAGUAUACAAACAUUAAUGAGAAAACUAGGAACAAACAAGUAAAAGGAGUGAAGCUUUAGAAUACAAACAUUAAUGAGAAAACUAGGAACGCACAAAUAAAAUGAGUGAAGCUUUAGAAUACAAACAUUAAUGAGAAAACUAGGAACAAACAAAUAAAAGGAGUGAAGCUAUAGAAUACAAACAUUAAUGAGAAAACUAGGAACAAACAAAUAAAAGGAGUGAAGCUAUAGAAUACAAACAUUAAUGAGAAAACUAGGAACAAACAAAUAAAAGGAGUGAAGCUAUAGAAUACAAACAUUAAUGAGAAAACUAGGAACAAACAAAUAAAAGGAGUGAAGCUAUAGAAUACAAACAUUAAUGAGAAAACUAGGAACAAACAAAUAUAAAUUAAUACGAGUUAAGUUAUAGAAUAAAAAACAUUAAUGAUAAAACUUGUUUCAAACAAUUGAAUACGAGUACAGCUUUAGAAUACAAACAUAAAUGAGAAAACGAGGAGCAAACGAAUGAAUAUGAGUGAAGCUUUAGAAUAAAAACUUCAAUGAGGAAACUAGGAAUAAUCAAAUGAAUACGAGUGAAACUAUAGAAUAAAAAAAAACAUAAAUGAUAAAACCUGUUGUACUCGUAUUCAAUUGUUUGAAACAAGUUUUAUCAUUAAUGUUUUUUAUUCUAUAACUUCACUCGUAUUAAUUUAUAUAAACUCUACAAACAAAUGAAUAUGAGUGAAGCUAUAGAAUACAAACAUAAAUGAGAAAAGUAGGAGCAAACGAAUGCAUACGAGUGAAGCAAUAGAAUCAGAACAUUUUUGGUUUUAAACAAUCAUAAUUUUAAUCUGUCUUUUUGAAUUACAUGUGUAUUUAAGUUAUUUAGGCACGAGUAUUUUAAGGAUCAGUGUGGGUAAGGUGAAGAAAAAUCCACAAGAGAGGUUGUGUUUAUUUUAACAGGACGUAACAUGUUCUGUUAACAGAAUUACAUAGUCUAACGAAUUCAGAAGAACCAUUGUCUUUUACAGUACGCUAGUGAUACGAAGAUCUGUGUUUAGUGUCUCCUUUUUACUAUUUUCAAUAAACAAAAAUACAAACGUGUUUGUUCAUAUUAAAAAGUUUUACACUCUGACACUUAUAUUUAAGAUUGUGUAUUUGGUGUGUUUAUUUAUGUAAAUUAAACUUUUGAUAUCACACUAAUGUAUUCCAGCUGGCUUAAAAUUGUUAAUUGUUCUUCUAGACACAUUCUUGAUUUCACGAUAAUUUGUAUGUAUAUUUUCUUUAUAAAUAGUUGUAUGUGAUGAAAUAAAUACAUAA